AUGUCAGACCCUCCUAAAUUGAGACGUCUUUUGCCGUCCACUCCCAUCGGAUCACCCGCAAUGAUUCGGCCCCCCACGGCGAAACCGAAAAGAGACCAGGUUUUAGCGGCUUGCAAUGGCAUGUUGUCUGGCAUUCUAAUGGUCAAAAACACACGGCUAAUUCUCUUUAGCCUGCCGGAAGCGGAAAGUAAAACCCAUGCGUUUACCCAGUCGCAGAGGGUCUAUCUGAGCGGCAAGCCCAGAGACUGGCACUUUCUCGCACAUCAAUAG